AUGAUGUUACAACACAAAGAUAUGGGCACCACAUGGUCUCAAUCUCGCGGCCUCGCGCUUUCAGGAAUAUCAGAUGCUCUCCUUCAAGAGGAGCUUUCGCGACGGAACAUGUAUCGUGAUACGGGCGACGACAAACCUACAUGCGGGUCAAUCAAACAGGGCACCUACAACACCCCGCUCCAUGUCAUGGCACUUUUUCUCAUUCUAGUGCUGAGCACCCUGGCCUGCUCAUUUCCUAUUCUCGCUCGCCGAUUUCCGCGCCUGCCAAUACCCCGACGGUUUCUCUUUAUAUCAAGACAUUUUGGGACUGGUGUUCUGAUCGCCACGGCGUUUGUUCAUUUACUUCCGACAGCUUUUGUUUCCUUGACCGAUCCUUGUCUCCCUCGGUUUUGGAGCGAAAGCUAUCGCGCUAUGGCUGGCUUCGUCGCGAUGCUCUCGGUAUUUGGCGUCGUGUUGGUGGAAAUGUUUUUCGCGAUGAAAGGGGCAGGCCACGUCCAUGGAAGCGAGUAUGAUCAAUUAAUCGGCGAUGGUGCGGAUUUACAUGGCGAUGGUGCGGAUUUACAUGGCGAUGAACAGCCUGGCGACUCAACUUAUUCGCGACUUGAAGCAAGUGAAUCGACAGACAACAUCCACCUUUCCCCAAUGCAUGAGGAUCGGAUACCUGCCUCAUCACAAAUGCAUGAUAGUCGUCUAAGGAACUGGACAGAAAAUUUCGGUCCAGAGGGGUCUUCUACUCGUCUAAAGGAGAGCACGGUUGGUCUUGCGGAGAGCGGCGACGACGAGAUUCCUCGUUCCGACACAAAUCGGCGUCCAAAACAUUCUCGCCAUUACGUUUCCCAGUCUGCAACGUCUCAUGCUGGUCCUAAAAUUCCCCUACAAAACCCUCAGCGUCAACUCUUGCAAUGUCUCCUCCUCGAGGCUGGUAUUCUUUUCCAUAGUGUUUUCAUUGGGAUGGCUGUUAGCGUCGCUACGGGCACUUCAUUUGUUGUUCUCCUGGUCGCCAUCUGCUUUCAUCAAACUUUCGAGGGCUUCGCGCUCGGCUCUCGGAUUGCAUCGCUGAUUCCAGAUCUCUUUCCUCCCUCGUCGAUGAAGCCAUGGCUCAUGUCCAUCGCAUAUGGGACCACGACCCCUAUUGGUCAAGCCAUUGGGCUGGUUUUACAUAACUUCUACGACCCAGCCAGCACUACAGGGCUUCUAAUGGUCGGUAUCACAAACGCAAUAAGCAGCGGGCUGUUGCUCUUCGCCGGCUUGGUAGAACUUUUGGCCGAGGAUUUUCUCAGUGAAGAGAGUUAUGUGACUCUACAGGGUCGCCGACGCUUCGAGGCAUGUCUAGCGGUUGCAGCUGGUGCAGUGCUAAUGGCAUUCGUAGGGGCAUUUGCUUAG